AUGAUUUGUGAAGUCUGUGGCGAAAAUCAGGCAAAAUAUAAGUGUCCUGCUUGCGGCUGUCAGACUUGUUGUUUAGCAUGUGUGAAAAAACACAAAAUAGAUAGAAAUUGUUCAGGUCAAAAGCCAAAAUCCGAAUUUAUUCCUGUAAAAGACAUGAACGAGCAUACACUUUAUAAAGACAUUCAACUUCUUGAUCAAGCAUCGAUUGCAAAGUUAAAUGCUGCUGAUAAACUCGAAAAAUCUAAUAAACCACCGAGAUAUUUGCAAAAGAUUAAAAAAGAAUGCUCCCAAAGAGGAAUUGAUAUUAAAUUUAUGCCAAAUCAAGCUACAAGAAGACAAGAAAACAAGACAUAUUUAACUCAGGACGGAAAAAAUCUAAUGUGGACAACAAAAUGGCGAUUUUUCAAUGAUAGACAGGAAAAGAAGUUCGAAAUGAUUCUACCACCUAUACAGGAUGAUACAAAUCUUGCUUCUGCUCUUAAAGCGAUUAUUGACGCAUCUCAAGAUGAUUUCGUUGCUCAUUUAAAUCUAAAAGACCUUGCUGUACUUAUGGUAGCUGAGGGCCUUGAAAAUGGUCAGUUUUUUGAUCUUUCUCUUGAUUUUGACUUAAAUACAAAUUUAACUGCGAAAACAAUCAUCGAAUACCCAAUAUUUCACGUUCUUCCAAAGGAUCAUCUAAGCGACUACAAACUGGCUGAUCCUUUCGCUUUAUGCCAGUUCAAAGAAGAAAAAGUUGAAGAAGUUAAAGAAAAUGUUGAAGAAGAAGUCCUCCCUGACUACGAAAAGAUAAAAUCAGCUCUGAAAUUAGAUCUAAUCAAGAACGUGAUGAAACAAGUUGAUGAAGGAAAUUAA